CAUCAUGAUGAUAACCAUUGUCAUUUAGUCAUGAUGACCUGCCCCCGAGGCUUUAAAAGACCAUUAAAGUGUGAAUUUGGGAUUAGUUAGUGUGUAAAUUGCAAAAGUGUUGCUUUGAUUCUACGCUUCGGCUGGGAAGCGUUGCCGCGAUUCUAAAGAAAUCACCAAACAAGAAAACACAAUAAAAUCCCAAAUUAUAAAAACAAAGUGAAAAAUUGUUGCAUAAAAAAUUCAAAAUGAAUGUGCAAAGCUUAAAUCUUAAAAUAUCCGCUGUAUUGGCAAUCGCUUGCUUUGCUCUACUGCCGCCAGAAUGCACAUCCAAAAUGUUCACCCGAUGUCAAUUGGCCAAGGAGCUGUUGCGUCAUGAUUUUCCACGCAGUUACUUAUCAAAUUGGGUGUGUCUGGUGGAAAAUGAGAGUAGCCGUAGUACUUCAAAAGUCAUGCAAUUACCAAAUCAAAGUGUUAGCUAUGGCUUAUUUCAGAUUAACAGCAAAAAUUGGUGUCGCAAAGGGCGAAAAGGUGGCAUUUGCAAUAUAAAAUGUGAAGAUUUUUUAAAUGAUGAAAUUUCGGAUGAUUCUCGUUGUGCCAUGCAGAUUUUUAAUCGUCAUGGCUUUCAGGCUUGGCCCGGUUGGGUGAAUAAAUGUCGUGGGCGAUCAUUACCAGAUGUAUCUCGCUGCUGAGUUGGAGUUGUUGCUUUGUUGGCUGGCUGUUUGUGGAAUGGCGUUGCAGCCAGAUGUAAUGUGGGUAGUUUCUUAUGGUGUGUGUGUGUGUGUAUGUGCAUAUGGAUGAAGAAACAAAAAAUAAGGUUGAAAUGGUUUUGGGAUGCAUGAAAGACAUCCAUGUUGUCCCUAGUUUGGCUUGAGAGUGUGUUUAAAAAUUUCAAGACUAAAUUCAUUGUAUUUUUUUAUUUAAGAAUAACCACCAAAAACAAACAAAAAAAAAUGUAUCUUGUCAUUGCCAUCGUUUCGUUCUUCAUUGUUGGUGGAAAAAAGGAACACUAUUUUAAAUAAAUUUAGAAUAAAUAUUUAUGAAUGUUAAGUACAAACA